AUGGUACGUGCGAUUCUGGACCCUCUCCCCGUGUUUCCUUUUCUGGUGGACUCUUUCAUGCUACGGCUUUUCCACACCUGCUUCUCCGAUGCGCUGGAUCUGGACUUGUGGCCGCUGGGCUGGGGCGGCGCAGACGCGCCGACCGCGAGCGGACACGCUGCCGGGAGACGCGCACCCGGGCGGCAUGUCCAGCUCGAUGUUGGGGUGUUGUCUUUUGGAUUGGCGCAAUGCAGCGAUAUAUAUACAUAUACAUAUAUAUAUAAUGCUUCGACGUCCUGCAGAGCGGAGCGCAUGGCUUUCCGGGUCCACCGUCCAAGGCGGUCCGCGAACCCCCGUCGGGGCGCGCCAAGGCUCUGUGGCUGCUACACCUACUACAACUGCUACACCUACUACAACGACCGCCCCGGCGCGUGGCCGGGGCUCCAGCUCGAAUACACGGCGUUUCCGCCAAGAUCAUAUAACCCCAAGCCUGUGUAUCACGAACGCAAUGUGCAACAACACGAAAUAAGAAACGAGGCACCACUUUGGAAGAGCCGACCGCGACACCCGGCACCCGACACCGCUGGGCGGCGGCGCGUCCGCAUCUUUAUCUUUUAUCUUGGACGUGGGUGUAUGCAUGUCCGCGGCCAAUGCGCAAUGAGCAAGGCGGACAAGAACGCGGCGCCUUGCAGCGUGGCGUGCGACGGGGCGGAAAGCGUCGGAGGCCACUGCGAGCCACGACCUGCGCCAGUGUCAAAGUCGCAGAGGCGGGGUGAGGAGGGCGGGGCCGGGGGAAGCGCGCCCGGAGGCGCGCGAGUCCCGAAUCUGCGUGACUUUGUUGCGGCGCUGGGGCCUGGGGCCUGGGGCGCGCCUCUCCUCUCCCGGGGCUCUGGGGCAGCGCAGUCAGCGUUCGGCAUCCAGCACCGUCGUCGGGAUGCAGAUGCAGAUGCAGAGCGCGGCACCGUCGACGUUGCUACCGAACCGCAUCUGACAUCGCUGUUGGUGCUUGAGCGUGAUGCGGCGGGGCGCGUGCCGACGGAGACCAGAGACCAGAGACGGCGGCGGCGGCGGGGCCCCAUUCGCUCUUCGCUCUUCGUUCAGCCCGAGCGUGAGCCCACGUCGGGACGCGGACGCGGCGUGCGUUGGAUCGACUCUCUAGGGAGCACUGCUCCAGCGCAUGCAGUGCGCGACGGAAACAAGCGGCGCGACUCUACACUCAAGCCAGUCCCUGUCGACAAAGACGAACCAGCUACGCCCUCAAGCGGAUAUGAAACUGCUGGAUCUAAAUAUCAAUAA